AUGAAACAAGGGCCAGUUGAUCUGCGUAUAUCAUCGCUCUUGUACCAUCUCAAAACAAUCUAUUUAUUCACCAGAAGCGACCUCAAGACGGUCGUUUUACCUCAAGCCUUUUUUGCGACUUCCAGCCUCCUCACCAACGGCUUCCGAAACAUAGAUGACCUGCCCUCUUUCCCCGCAUACAACCUCCUUCAGCGCCUGCUUCACGCCAUGAUUUGGGUAUACGCAAGUCUCCUUCUUUCGAACCUCGCCAACCAGCGCCUGCCAGGUUCGCUCACAGAAGACGCCUUCAACAAGCCCUGGCGUCCCAUCUCCUCAGGCCGCAUCUCUCCUAAUCAAGCUCGGCAUGCCAUGCUCUACCUCGUGCCAAGUGUUAUGCUCUUGGGGGCCGUCAGCGACGCGUUCCGCGAGACUACCAGCUUCAUCGCCUUCCUUUGGAUGUACAACGACCUUGAAGGCGCGAACAUGAGUAUCUGGUGGAGGAACCUCCUCAACGGCCUCGGGCUCAUGACCCUUUCCGCGGGCGCUACGGCGGUCACGAACGGGCGUGUGGAUUACUCGCUUGCCUCUGGGACGGCAUUCCAUUGGCUUGUCAUCACGGGAUUGGUGGUCUGCACCACGAUACACGCUCAGGACUUACCUGACAUCGUCGGAGACAGGGCGACAGGACGGGAGACGAUUCCGAUUAUUUAUGGAGACACGGUUGCGAGGGUGAGUCUGGUUAUCAGUGUGAUGUUCUGGUCCUUUGCUGUACCAGCCUUUUGGGGAUUCGGAUGGGCUGGAUAUAUGCCCACUGUGGGAUUAGGACUGGCUAUGAACUUUUUUUCCUUCUGGCGGCAGAAUCUGCAAGGUGACGAGGUUGCUUGGAAGCUUUGGUGUUGCUGGUACGCCAUCAUAUACUUGUUGCCUUGUUCGCGGGUCAUUUUCGGUGUCAUCUAUUGA